GAACACUCUCUUAGAAAUAAUUCAAAUUACUUUUUACAUCCAAGACGCUAUACAGAAGAGUUCCUAUCAUGUUCUUAUAGUGUUCCCAAGAAUUUUGAUAGAAACAUGGAUUCAACUAGGGUUGUUAGUAAUCAAUGGGUAUUGUACUAUUUGGUGA